UGGCUGUCCCAGUGGUACUUCUGUCCGUUUCGCGACGAGGAGGAUCCGAAUAAGGUGUACUUUACAGCAGAACACUACAUGAUGUACCACAAGGCGCUUCUCUUCAAAGACGCCGCCUCAGCCCAUAGAAUCCUCACGGCGAAACACCCCCGCCAAGCAAAAGACCUCGGCCGCAAGGUAUCCAACUUCUCCGAGUCGACGUGGCGAGAACAUCGCGAAGCCAUCGUCCGUCGCGGUAACCUGUUCAAGUUUACGCGUGCCGUCUCCGAAGCCGGUCUGAAGGAGUUGCUGCUCGCCACGGGGGAGACGGAGCUGGUGGAAGCGUCGCCGUUUGAUCCCGUCUGGGGCAUCGGCUACAAGGAACGCGAUGCCGAGAACGUGACGAGGGAGGAUUGGGGGUUGAAUUUGCUCGGGAAGGCUUUGAUGGACGUGAGGACGAUGCUUAGACGGCAGGACGGGAGUUGA